AUACAGUCACCGAUGACUCGCUCUCCUUACUUGUCCGCUACACUCUCUCGCUCUGUCUCAUUAUUUAGCUGCAGUGCACUGAAAGCAGUGUGUGGAUAUCAAAGACUUGCACAGCUGUUAUCUGGACAGGAGAAGGUGUGAAACCCAACAUGAAUGUGAGACAUGACCAACAAGACCCCCUGGGAUAGCUCGAGCAGUCUGCGCAGCAUGGAGCCAACAGCCAGCUGCGCCCCCAUGGUUUCGGAGUCAGACCUGUACCGCAGCGUCCAGGCCGUCCUGAAAGAAAUGGACAGCCAGCAGCCCUCAGCCUGCCGCAGCAAAGGCAUGCUGAGGUGGACGCUUCAUAAGAAGGUUCAUAACAACCCUGCCAACAGCUUGGCUCUGGUGAGGGUGGUGAUCAAGGAGCUGGAGAAGAUGGAGCGACUGGACUGCCGCAAAUACAUCAUCCCUCUGCUCCACACACUCAUGUAUACCAUCAUGCAGACAACCUACAUUCCAGAUGAGCUGUAUAAGCGGGUGUAUGACUUCUGUAAGCGACUUCUGACUUUUCCCCAUCCUUACUGCGUGGUAGGCCUCAGCUACACCAGACAGAUGAAGACUGAGCGCUCCAUUCCAGGGCUGAUGUAUCAGAGGAUGGUUGUUGCAGAGCAGAACCUGAAAAACGAGCACUACCCAUUUCAAGAGAGGGUUUUUGUGUUUGCUGACCCGGACAUCUUCUCCAGUCCCUUGGGAGACGUCCUGCAGGGUGACAUCAUGGUGUCGCGGUCGGCCUCCAGGGGACUCCUCAGUCCUUUGGAUCACAUGCGCAUGGUGGUCCAGCACUCCAUCCAGGCCGCUCUGGGACAGGAGGAGUGCCACGGCCCCAAACUGGCCCAGGCGCUCAAGGAAAUGGGUCAAGACAUCGAGCCGUACUUUCAGGAAGUGUUGGCGACUCUGGAGCAGAGUGCGGAGGAGGGCAGCAAGGCGAGCAGCGGGUCGCUGAGGAGCCGCAUUAUGAAGCUGUACACGGAGAUCCUCACUGCCACCGACUCAGAUCCAUUGUCUUGUGGAGCACUGUGUGACAGCCCUCUUCCCAACCCAGAGAUGAGCUUCCACCUGUGGACAGAGGAUCAAGAUAUCUGGAGGGAGCUGGCCAAGUGUUUUCGCUCCAGCUCCGUGUCAGAUCAUUUCUCCGUCAGCCAAGACCAGGAGGACUUUGAUCUGUGUGACCUGCCCAGCGACCUGACGCCAUGCGACAUGCCUCGGCUCUCUGUCAUGUCCAACGACAGCGGCAUCGAAAGGGAUCUACCCCCGGGCGGUGACUCCUCCCCAACAUCAUCCCUUGAAUCCUCUAGCAUGGGAUCAUCAGGGGAGCACCACAAAAAUGAGCAAGACACAAUGAGGCUGUCUCGGCGUGGAGGCAUCAAGAUGAGACCGACUGCGAAAGACAGCAUGGCGCUGAUGCAGGAAACCCUGGAGGACCAUGGGAGCAUUGGGGGUGGAGGGGUUGGAAACAGAGGAGGGGGAAGAGGGGCGACUUUGCAGAGACGGGCGGGGAGCAGCGGGAUGCAGACGCCCUUCAAGCAGCAGAGAUGCUUCACGGCCAGGAUCGUCGCUGUGGGGGACGACAGGGUUCUGGGACGCCUGGCCAAAGCUUUCUACUUCCUCAGGAAAAGGGAAGCACGGCGGCUUUUUCUAACAAUGAAAGCCAACCUCCAGUUUUAUUACAUCCCCGUUUGCAAGGAUCCAACAUCCAUCUCCCCUGCUAAGGAAAAUCUCUAUUCAUCCAAGGAGAAACUCUGCACUCUUGGCUCCUACUUGGGCAUGGUGGACCCCUGGUACGACUGUAACAUCAACACCUUGGGCUCCAUGAUUCCUGAACUUGCUAAAAUGCAGACAAACCAAAAGAGGCAAAAGGAGCCCUUUCUGUCUGAUGUCAUUUCCUACUAUGUGCGCACUGGACGGCAGCCUGUCUACUUCACCAUCUACUUUGUGAAGAUCUCUUUCUUGACUAAGGAGCCAGUGGAGGAUGUGUUUCUCACUCAUCUAGAGAUGGAGUUUCCUGAGUUUAAGCAGGUCUCAGCUUCACUUAGAGAAAAGCAGAAGAAGAACUCAGGGGAUUUAUGUGGCGCUGUGGUGUCGCUGAAUUACAAAAAGGUUACAUUAAGCGGUCGAGAUGUUGAGAAGGGUCUUUCACUCAGGACCACAGGCGCUCAGAUCAGUGCGAUUCCCUCCAAUGAAACAGAAGACCUAAACUGUUUGACACUGACCUUGAAUGAAUCUCAAACAAAAAAUAAAAAUAUGGAGUCAAAGAUUCGGACCACCAACGUUAAGAUUCGCACGCUGGAAAGGAGGUCUUUCACGGUCACGCUGGACAGAGACUCUCGCAGGACCUUCAAAGGCGUCCAGAGCAUAGAGAUCUCCCCAUGCCUUGAUCCUGGCUACUGCGUCCAGAAAACUGUGAGGUCCAAAUUCAACUUGGGAGAGGAGAAAGAUGCUGGACUGAGCAAAUACAUGAACAAAGGACUUCCUCUACCAAUCAACACAUUCGCCGGGAUCAUCAACUGACCACAGCUCCGCCUGAAGGAAUGAUCAUGUCGAGAGUCUAGUGGAUGAAGAUCAUCCAUGGUGUGUUUUGAUCACCUGAGUGGAUGUGGAUGAUGCUUUUGUGAUAACAAUGGUCCACCAUGACACAAGAAAAGCCAAAAUAUCACCUUUGGGUCAUAAGGAGCUGCUCCAAUUCCAAGUGACAGUGUUUGGACAUCAUUCUUGAGUUGGAUGUCUUAUGGUGGCAGUUGCACAUGCAGUUUUGGAAUGAUUCAGCCCCGUUGGUCCGUGUCGACAGCAGUGGCUGAAUUGCAGGUGCAGAGAAAGGACUACAAGUCAAUAGGACAUUAAGCCCAAACACACCAAUCUCACUUCUCAUAGUCAGCCAUUUUGUCUGUUUUCCCUGUAAUAGGCACAAAAUUGCAAGGUGCAAGGUAUUAUUUAUCUCCUCCAAGUAUUUGCUUUUUGUGAGUGACCGAGUGUACAUACCUUAAGAAUGACUCAGCAUAUACCGAUGGGGGAAGAUGCCAAGGAUCAAUAUUGCCUCUGAUAUUUGAGAGACCGGCGGUGAUUGACAAAUAACCCCUAUCAAGGGCAUGACAUGUAUACAUAAAAACUUUCAGGGUAGGACUACCAAUGUGGGACCAUUAAGCAUGUGACUUCAUCAUACAAUCUUGUUUUGACA